AUGUCGACUGCAAUGGCCCUGGUGAUCCUGGGCGGCGUCACGACGACCUAUGUAUUUCUCUUGGCACUGUUGCGUUCGACUCAGAAUGAUAAAGAGCCUCCAGUGGUGCUUGACUCUAUUCCCUUUGUCAGCCCUAUCCUUGGUAUGGUUCGAUGGAGCAUGGACUUUUAUUCCGUCAUGAAGAAGCGCUUCCAUGAUUUGCCAAUGUAUACUCUGAGGAUGCCUGGCGCCAGGAUAUAUGUCGUCAAUGCGUUGGAUCUCAUUCCUGUGGUGCAUAAACAAUGGCGCACGCUCAUAUUUGCGCCGAUCCAAGUGAAGGCCGCAAAGGCCGUCAUGGGCGUAAGUCAAGGCGCAGUCGCCAUUUUGGAACGCGACAUGGUAACCGAGGCCGGGUUUGUCAAUGGCAUGAUCAAGGCCACUCAUCCUACAAUGAUCAAUGGUCCAGCACUGGAAGCCUUGAAUAUCCGAGCCUUUGAGGUUCUUGAUGUUGCCUUGAAAGGGCUCAAUGCCCCAACGACCAUAUCCAUGUAUUCGUGGAUUGACGAGCAAAUCAUGCAUGCUACUACAGAAGCCAUCUACGGGCCCUCGAACCCGAUGCGUAAUGCUUCAAAUCUCGAGCACUGGCAGUAA